AUGAACGCAGAAUAUUCAGGAGACGAAUUAGCAGAUCUUCUACAAGAUGCUGCUGACGAAGGUGAAAUAACAUUGAACGACACAACUGUACCGAAGAUUCCAAUCAACUCAGAUAUAGCAGCGGUCCGAGAUGUGUACGAUUCAUCUGAUGAAGAAGACUUACAGAAUUUUUUCGAACGGAAAUACAAUGAAUAUGGACGCGACAUCAAUCACUUGUUGAAACGCAAAGAUGCAGAUCAUGUGGACGCUGUAAUCGGAAAUGAAGUCAGUAAAAAUUUGCGGCUAUCUGACAUAAAAUUUGGAUUAAGUGCAUCACAAAAAUCUGUGGAUAUGCCAGUGUCAGUCGCAACAUGCAAAACGACCGCUGAUCGUUCGGAAAAUGUAUACAUCGAUCCAAUAUUUGGAUUACGAUUGGUUCAACCGUUAAUUUCAAGUACGGCACUGCGUGAACGUAUGUUGGGCAGAACCAAUGUUGAGAUACGAUCGCUUCAACAUCAUUUGCAGAACUCUGAUUUAUCCAAAGAUUGGUGCAUCAGCGGUGUCAUUGUGAGCAAAGGACCCGUGCAAAAAAGUAAUGCCGGGUCACAUUACAUUAUCUGGAGGCUUAGCGAUUUGAAAGGUGAUAUGAAAACGGUGUCUCUGUUUCUUUUCAAAUCUGCAUACAAGGAACUAUGGAAAACUGGGCUAGGAAUGAUAGUAGCCGUGUUGAAUCCAUCCGUUUUUUCUCGCAAAGAUAACAACGGAGAGAGUUCACUGUCCAUUGACUCUGCUCAACGAGUUAUGAUAUUGGGGCGUUCAAAAGAUUACGGAAUUUGCAAAUCAAAAAAGAAAAACGGUGAACCAUGUACAGCCGUUGUGAAUUUGGGUAUAUGUGAGUUUUGUGUGUAUCAUGUUAAACAAGAAUAUGGGAAAAUGUCUGGGCGAUCAGAAUUACAAUCGUCAACUAGCGGAAGAGGCUUAAACUCCUUACGAAAUAAGAUUUUGGGCAAAAGUGAAGUUUUCUACGGUGGAAAAUCAUUUAUGGCCGAACCAUCCAAACCUAGCCAAAAACUCAAGGCAAAAGAUCAACAGCGUUUAAUGUCUCUGUCAAAUACGUCUACAGCUUGUCCUCUUGGCGCUACAACUACUGGUAAAGUUAAUUAUUUAUCAAGCAAUUCGCCAGCAGCAAGCCGAGUUGCGGAAGGAAUGGAAGCCAAUUUUUCUCAGCGAAGGAAAGAUUUAGCAAGGCUCAAAUCCCUGGAUGUUGAUGUUUCGACGCUCAGUACAACGCAGCAGAACCAAUCAACGAUACUGAAUGACAGCAAACCUUCGCUGCUCCCUAACAUCAAUAUCCAUAACACGGCCCCCACACUGAGCUCGUUCACAAGUUUUUCAUUUACAAUCGGAAAAAGCAGUUAUGAAUUGGCCAAAGCAAAAGCAAUUGCGGUCCUGCGGAAAAAUCCGAUUGAAAAGUCAAAUCCAAAUUUCGUUAAAUACAGGGGCACUGAAGCCGGUAAAAAACGAGCACACUGUGUCAUAGAGACAUCUGAGGUGGAACAUCCAAAAAAGAAACAAAAACUGGCAGAAGAAGUCGAACAAUUCAAAAACGAGCGUAUCCAGAAGCUACUCCAAAUUCGAUCGUCGCACGUCGAUCUUAUUGAAGCACAUGACACCAAUGUGCAAAAUAAUUAUUUCAAUAAGUUAGAGAAAAAAGAAGCAAUGGAAGAGAAAAUGUUAAACACAACGAAAAUGGAUUGCAAAGCUGUCAUUUGCGUGAACUGCAAAUAUAAGGCAUUUUCCGCUGCACAGCGAUGCAAAGAAGAAAAUCACAAAUUUAAAGUUGUAGAUGUGGAAAAACGUUUCUUUGAAUGUGAAGAUUGUGGAAACCGAACCAUUAGCCUGUUUCGUAUUCCACGGGGAAGCUGUAAUAACUGUCAGAGCUCUCGUUGGAAGCGUACUGGAAUGAUUCGCGACAAGAGUACACUCGAAACGCAACCACUGUCAAUUCGUGGUGACGAGGAAACAUUCAUUGGAAGCCUACAAACGAAUGGAAAUAUCAAUUUAUGCGUUGCGGCAGACGAAUGAAGUUUCAAAUUUCAUUUAUUUUUGAUAAAUAAAAUUUUGAUUUAUUUCACAAA